AUGAAUGUGACCAAAGGCCCUGAUAAAAGCCGUGUCAUUCUUUUUGCCAUCAAGGCUGCAGAGAAAUCGCUUCUGCCUCCUGUGGUUCUAACACAGAGGAAGGUCUCCCUGACUGCUGAUUUGGAAGUGAAUACAGAUCAGGAUAUUGAAAAGAAUUUGGAUAAAAUGAUGACAAAAAGGACACUGCUGAAGGAGAAGUACCAGGAAGUAUUGGACAAGCAGAGGCAGGUGGAGAAUCAACUUCAGGUGCAGCUAAAGCAAUUACAGCUGAGGAGAGAAGAAGAGAUGAAGAGUCAUCAGGCAAUAUUCAAGGCCAUCCAGGAUGUGACCAUCAAACAACAGGAAACCAAGAAGAAGAUAGAGAAGCAAAAGAAGGAGUUUCUUCAGAAGGAGCAGGACCUGAAAGCUGAAAUUGAGAAGCUCCAUGAGAAGAACAGAAAGGAGCUAUGGGAGAUGGAGCUGGACAAGCUCAAGGAUCAGGAUGGUGAGAUCAACCAAAACAUGAUGGAGGAAAUCCAAGGAGCCUGGAAAGCUGAGAUCUUAUCACUAGAAAGGCCGAAAAAGCUGCUGGUAUCAACGCUGGAGGAAGCAGAGAAAGAGCCAGAGCAGCACCUGACCUAUGUCAAGUCAACACCUCUAGCAUUGGAAACAAUCCGUUCCAUGCAGGAGUGGGAGACAAGAUUGAAGAGAGUUCGGAUAAUGAAGGAGAGCAUCUGGAACCAGUUUAAUAACCAUAUCCAACUGGUAAGGAAUGGGGCAAAGUUGAGUAGUCUUCCACAGAUCCCUACCCCUACUCUGCCCCCACCCCCUUCAGAGACAGACUUCAUGCUUCAGCUGUUUUCACCUAAUCCUUCUCCAGCUCCUCGAAUGCCUUUCUCCAUUGGGCAGGUUACCAUGCCCAUAGCCAUGCCAAGCGUAGACCCUCGUGCACUGUCGUUCCCAAUGCUGAACCCUGCUAUCUGGCCCUCAGUAGAAUAA